AUGACAAAUAAUGGAACAACACUUCGUUAUCGAACUUUUCCAAGUAAGAAACCACUACCAACGAAUGGUACUCCUCGUGGACAAUCACAUUCAUCAAUACCAUUUGAAAAAGAACCUGAACGUGAUCCUGAAGCUGAUUGUUUUAUGUGUCGUCAAGCACAUGUUUAUCUUAAACCAAUUGGUAUGCAACAAGAAUUUCGUGUAGGAGGUAAUCAACCUCCACCAUUAACACGUGAAGAAAUAGAUGAAUUAAGUCAAAAAAAAGAAUUAACUAAAAAAGAAGUUAGACUAUUAUUACAAUGUUAUUUUCCUGAAAUAAAAGAUGUGAAAUAUUUUCAACUACAUAGAUAUCAUUCAUGUUGUUAUAAUCCAAAACAUUUGAGUUUAUGUAAAAAUCAUAUAACAGCAAUACAAAAUGAUCAGAAGCAUCAUCCUGGUCAUCAUCAUGAUGAUAAUAAUAAUGAUAAUGACAAUAUGGAUCCUGCAAAACAGAUUGAAAAACAAAAUCGAGUUAGUUUUGUUAGAAUAAAAAUUGAACCAACUAAAGGAAUACCAACAAGAUUUCUUGGUCCACAAGCUUUACCAGAAUCACUUGCUGAAAUGCUUCUCAAACAAGUCAAUCGCUAUGAAGAUAAACAAAAAUCACAAUCAAUUAGUUCGACUCCUGCAUUACAAUCACAGAGUGCUAGAAAAGCAAAGAAUUCAUAUGGUUUAAAUGGAAAUGGUCCUAAAAGUACUAAGGAUAUUGAUGAUGAUAAUUAUGAUACUGAUGAUAAACUAAUGUCUGGAAGAUCAUCAAAAACAAAAGAUUCAACGAACAAGAAUGGUACUGGACGUAAAAAAAAUAAACCAAAACAUUGGGAAUUACUAGCAUUACAACAAUCAAAACAAGAAACAUGCAAUUGUCGUCAUCAUGUUACACGUGUUGAAGAUGAUCAAUUAGUUCAUGAUUGGUGUCGAUGUAAAGAUCAUCAACAUAAAGAUAUGGGAGAUUCACAUCAACCAGUAGGUCUUGGAGAACCUUCACCUCGUGAAAUGCGUCUAAAUAUUAAUGAAGUUGCUUAUGAUUGGUGUAAAUGUACACAUCAUCGAAAUGCAAAAUCAAAUGAAAGACGUAAAUCAAUAACACUUCCAUCACUUUCACAAAAUGGAAUGCGUUCUUCUAAUGGUCACAAUACUGAUACAGGAUACGAUCAUAGUGAUCAUUAUCAUGAAACAACAAUACGUAAACGAAAAUCAGGAUCAUCACCACCGCCACCACCACCGCCACCACCACCAUUAGCUUUAGCUCGUGAUGAAACAAAACCAGUACUACGAUCUGUCACACAUCGAACAGAAGCCGUACAAACAACUCCACCUUCUCAACCAUCAGCACGAGCAGAAAAUCGAAAACGACGUGAUGAAUCAAAACGUACCACACCAUCCAUAACUUAUCGUGAAGAAUCAAUGCAGACAGUAACACCACCACCACCACCACCACCACCACCAACAAGACCAGUUCAAGUGUCUCAAAAACGACGUGAAUCAACAACACAAACAAGGACAGUUGCUGUCGAAACACGAGAACCUUCAUCAACUGAAAUUGCUCUAUCUUAUGAUCCAUCAGUAGUUGAUUAUGAUGUCAUACAAGAAGCGAUUUAUUAUAGAACUUCAUCUGGACGAUUAAUCAAACCUCAAAUAACUAAUUCUUACACAUAUGAUACUGAGCAUUCAGCAGCAAAUAAUAAUUAUCAAGCACCAAACUCAAGUAGAGAUCGAGUUAUAUACGUGACACAUAACGGUCAAAUCCCUGGCAAUAAUGACCGACGUCAGAAAAAAAACGUUGAACGUUCACCAUCAAAAUCAGUUAUUCUAUCGAAUCCAGGUUCAGUAUAUAGAGGUCAAGCAUAUGUCAAUCCUGAACAUGCUCAAAUGCAUAAUGGUAACUCUAAUACUGUCCCCCUACUUAAAUUACCUACAAUACCAGCAUCAUCAAGACAACAUUAUAAUAAUAAUAAUCAAGAUCAAUAUCAGCAUCAACCAGCAGAAUUUACUUUAGCUAAAUUCUCUCAUAAUCCUGCAGAUACAACUCCUACACAACGUUCACAGGCAAAUGAUUCAGAUGGAGGAUGGAAAACUGUUUCAAUGUCAAUGCAAAAAAGUUCAAAACCAACUUUUACUAAUUCAGAUCCAACACCUAAUUUCGGUCGUCAAUCUAGUGUUAUUGCUAAUCGUCGUUGGUUUGAUCAGCCACUUGGUGAUCAAAAUUUACAUCCAGUACAUGAUAGUGAAUAUGGUGUUAUUGCUACUCCACAAUCCGAUUCCAAACAAACUAAAUAUCAAAAUAAUUCACAGCCAACAAAAAAGGAAAACAACUGCACAAUAUCAUAA